UCAGUCCCCCGGGGGAGGCGGGCCUGCGUGAGGAGGCUCCGCGGUGAAGGCGGAGAGCACGUCAGCCGCUAGGCCUCGGCCGCGUCCCUGCAGCCACAUGGCCUCCGGAGUGGGCGCGGCCUGCGAGGAGCUGCCCGACGGCACGUGUGACGAGUGCGAGCCCGACGAGGCGCCCGGGGCGGAGGAGGUGUGCCGCGACUGCGGCUUCUGCUACUGCCGCCGCCACGCCGACGCGCACCGCCAGAAGUUCCUCAGCCACCGCCUGGCCGAGUACGUCCAUGGCGCCCCGGCCUGGGCCCCGGCGGCCGCCCGCGAGGACGACGGCGCGGCCCCCGAAGACGCCGUCGAGGCCAAAGGGGAGCCCGAGGGAGAGGGAGAGGUAGAGAGCGAGGUGGGCGAAGAAGAGAGCGAGUCAGAGGAGGAGGAGGACAGCGGUGAGUCGGAAGAGGAGGAGAGCGAGACCGAGGAAGACAGCGAGGACGAGAGCGAGGAGGAGAGCGAAGAAGACAGCGAGGAAGAGAUGGAGGAUGACCAGGAGAGCGAGGCGGAGGAAGACAACCAAGAAGGAGAAUCCGAGGCAGAAGGAGAAACUGAGGCAGAAAGCGAGUUUGACCCCGAAAUAGAGAUGGAGGCGGAGAGAGUGGCCAAGAGGAAGUGUCCGGACCAUGGGCUGGAUCUGAGCACCUACUGCCAGCAAGAUAGGCAGCUCAUCUGUGUCCUGUGCCCAGUCAUUGGGGCUCACCGGGGCCACCAGCUGUCCACGCUAGAUGAGGCCUUCGAAGAACUGAGAAGCAAAGAUUCGGGUGGACUGAAAGCAGCUAUGAUAGAGUUGGUGGAAAGGUUAAAGUUCAAGAGCUCAGACCCUAAAGUAACUCGAGACCAGAUGAAGGUAUUUAUACAGCAAGAAUUUAAGAAAGUUCAGAAAGUGAUUGCUGAUGAGGAGCAGAAGGCCCUUCACUUAGUGGACAUCCAAGAAGCAAUGGCCACAGCUCAUGUGACUGAGAUACUGGCGGACAUCCAAUCUCACAUGGAUAGGUUGAUGACUCAGAUGGCCCAGGCCAAGGAACAACUUGAUACCUCUAAUGAAUCAGCUGAGCCAAAGGCAGAGGGUGAAGAAGAAGGACCCAGGUUGCUGGGUAGAGAGAGGUUGGCGAAGAGCUGUUUCCUGCUUCUGAAUGGUGCCAGUGAAGAAGAGGACACAUGAAGACUUACCAUUCCCCAUGGAAAACACCCCUUCCCCGUGUGUAUGUGACAGCGUGUAUGUAAUGGCUUCUGAUAUCUGUGAAAGCUGCCUGGCAACAAACUUCUUCCACUGGAUAUGUCCCCAGAUCCACAGCAGGCACACAUGUCUCCAAGGGACAACAAGUUUUAUGCAUACUGAGUGUGUGCUUCUUGUUCUCUUGUGGUAGGUCACAGGAAGAGCCCCUUUGAUCAACUUGGAGGGCUCUUCAGGCAACUCCCCAAAGGCUGCUUUGAACUUACUCAGGAAAGCCAGCCCCUGGAAUAUUGUGCAAGUCAACAGUAUCACUUCCUUAGGAAGGUUCUAGAAUAUCUUGGAAGGAAGUCAGUUUUUUCCUUACCUGCAAACAGAAAACCCACUUUGUUCAUACUGAAGCCUAAAGCAAGUAUGGCCAUAGUGACUCAUCCGGCAGUCUCUCGUAGUCCACUUCUGCCUUUGUGGAAGGCGUUAGGGCAGCUGGGUGGAAAAUGGGAUUGAAGAAAUAGUCCAGAGCUGGAAAGAAGAAGAUAUUUUUAGUACUUGAGGUUAUCUGGGACUUGAGAUUCAUAAUUCAGUGCUGUGGAAAUGGAAAAAGUGAUUGAAGAGAUAGAAAGGAAAUGACUUUAAGGAGUGUGGAGGGGGAGGAGUAAAGAAAUCUGAUCGAAAGUUGAAAUCAGUGUUUCAGAAUUCAGAUUGCCCAAAUUUUCCAAAAUGGUCACUAUAGUGUCUGAUAAAACCUGAAAUCUUGGGCUAGCUGUAUGGAUUAAUAGGCCUGUCACAACAUAAAAGACUGGCAUGUAUAUCGCCAAGUGGGAAUUGUCACUGUAAAAUGUACCAGUUCCACCCCCAGGUUAGCCUAAAGUGGCUUCAGUGCUCUGUGAGAAGAAUCCUUGCCACUCGCUGGCUGGCUGGAUUCAUGUCCAUCUGCCAGCAAACAUUCCCUCUAUUUGCUACAGUUGGAAUCCUCCCUCCCCCUGCAGCAGGCCUUCAGUUCCCCUCCCAUACUCCAGCUCUCCUCUCCGAUAUAGUAUGAGCAGGCAUGCCCCAGAGCUGGAUUUCCUGGCCUUCUCCCAUUCUCAGAUCACAGUUCCUUACAACCACACUUUUCAGGGUCAAGGAAGCAGUGGUGUGCUGGAAGAUACCCAACUGCAAGCUCACACACACACACACCACAUCUUGUUGAGACAUGAGUUUUUCUUACCAAAUGAUUUGAAGUUGGGGAGAACCUUAUUUUUAAUAGAACAAACGUGGUAGAGAAGAGAAUGUUCAUACACUUCAACUGUUAAGAGAAGAUAGGAGACUUGGAAGGUAACUCUUGUUUGCAAGUGGGCAGUGUAUUCCCUCUCCUCUGCUUGUGUGGUAUUUCUAUGUUCCCAUUGAGAUUCUGUCUGAACUGUAGUCAAGCAGCCUUGGGGUUGCUGUUGACCAAGGUCUGUUUCCAGUGUCUCUGAGGCAGAUCCAAGGAGUCUGCCUUGGGGGAAAUCCCCCUUUCCUUGCCUGUCUGCUUGCCUGCCUAUAACCUGUGUACUUACCACAAAGCUUUAGGGGCAGCUGAUGUGUGUGUGUGUGUACAGGAUAGUUCUGAGGCAGAAACAACAUGUGCUUACUGUAGGAGUCCUAUUUAUAUCAUUGUUCAAUCCUGUGCAUGCUAGAAAAUUUAUUCCUUUGAGGACAGGAAACUGCCAAGCCUAUAUGCUCUAGGUUAGGAUUACCCUAGCUCACUACACAUAUAAGGAUAUUAGGGCAGAGAUGGUUGAAGAUCUCAUUCCCAAACUGGUGACUAGUAGGUGGCUUAGACAGUUUUGAUGCUUUACCAUCUGUCUGCAAAGACUGGAGAAUUUAAUGCACCCUGAGUUAAUAACCUCCAAUGAUAUCCUGUUUUAAAAAAAUCUAAAAGAAGGAUCAAAAACACUCUAAAACAAAUGUGGAAAAUCCGAAAAUUGAAAAGGCUUCAGAAUUUGGAAGCUUGUGUUGUCUUUCCCCAGUAAUCAUUGUUUGAUCUAUAUAUGUUGACCUUGUAUUACCAAUGGACAGAUCAUUGGCUUUCCAUACCUAAUCAUGCUAUUACUUUAUAUCAGUAUUUUGGGAAUCCAAGCAUUUAUGUAGUGGUUAUAAACAGAAAUAUAAAAAUAUUUGCCAACCUGUCUCUAUAAA